UUUACUGAAGAGAAGCUGGGGCAGGCUGAGAAGACUGAACUAGACGCCCACUUUGAAAACCUUAUGGCCAGAGCAGACUGCACAAAGAACUGGACAGAGAAGAUCUUGCGUCAGACUGAAGUUCUGCUACAGCCAAACCCUAGUGCCAGAGUAGAAGAAUUCCUCUACGAGAAGCUUGACCGGAAGGUGCCUUCCCGGGUCACCAACGGGGAGCUGCUGGCACAGUACAUGACAGAAGCAGCUAAUGACUUUGGGCCAGCGACACCGUACGGGAAGACCUUGAUAAAAGUUGGAGAGACUCAACGGCGCUUAGGUGCAGCAGAACGGGACUUCAUCCACUCCGCCUCCAUCAACUUCCUGACCCCACUGCGCAACUUCCUGGAAGGGGAUUGGCGAACCAUAUCCAAAGAGCGGAGGAUCCUGCAGAACCGCCGCCUGGAUCUGGAUGCCUGCAAAGCCAGGUUGAAGAAAGCCAAAGCUGCCGAGGCAAAAGCAGCGGCUGUGCCUGACUUUCAGGAGACUAGACCUCGUAAUUACAUUCUCUCCGCCAGCGCCUCAGCGCUUUGGAGCGACGAGGUGGAAAAAGCGGAACACGAGCUGAGGCUCACACAGACGGAGUUUGAUCGCCAGGCAGAGGUGACGCGUCUGCUGCUGGAGGGGAUCAGCAGCACACACGUGAAUCAUCUUCGCUGUCUCCACGAGUUUGUGGAGUCCCAGACCAACUACUACUCUCAGUGCUACCAGUACAUGCUGGACCUGCAGAAGCAGCUGGGCAGAUUUUCAGGCACGUUCGUAGGCAACGCGGAGUCCACCUCUCCUCCCCCAGCUGCUACCUCUCCUCCGGCUGUUGCUGCUGCCACGCUCCCCGCCGUGCCUACCAUUCCAGUUGUGCCCACCAUCGGCGGGGUGCCCAAUACCGUGGCGGAGAGCGUCCUGAACCCCAACGAAGUCAAGCCCCCGGCCAGCGGGACGCGGAAGGCCAGAGUCCUCUACGAUUACGAAGCAGCCGACAGCACUGAGCUGGCGCUCCUUGCGGAUGAGAUGAUCACUGUGUACAGCCUGCCCGGCAUGGAUCCAGACUGGCUCAUAGGGGAAAGAGGGAACCAGAAAGGGAAAGUUCCUGUCACUUACUUGGAACUGUUAAGUUAAACGUCUGCAGGAAGAAGAACGUACGAGCAGAACGCACCCCUCAUCUCCUGGCACUUCUACUGCGGGUUCCUUCAUCCGCGCCCAUCGCUCUCUUCGGGGUUGACACUCCAUUGCUAACACGGGAAUUGUGGGAAAGAGGUGGUAGAACCGUUACGGUGAGGUUUUGGGAAAGGGCUGAUGGCAUCCAAGACUGAAUUCGUUAACAUCCCGCGCAGCCUGCUUUGAGGUUAGUCUUGAUGGCACAGGAUUCCUCGAUUUCU